CAGCUGGGAAGGACAGCUCACAUUCUCCUAAUACUUCCUCUCCCCUACCUCAGGCACAGCUGCCCUGGCAGCCCACCCUAAAGGAUGCUUUUCACCCUACCCCUACAUGGGGAAUCUUCCCUCUUAUUCCUGAAGGCGACUUCUGUCUCGAUCUUUAUUGCCCAGUUCCCAGAAGAUGGGGAGCUACUUAUUUACUGUGGUUUCCUUUCCCCUCCAAUCUCAUGUGCCCCUAACCACUAAUUUCUCUAGCUUCCCCUUGUUAUGCCAGUUUCCCUCACUCCAUCACCCCUGCUUUCACCCUUUACCCUACUGUCCCCUUCUUUCCUACUCCCUUUGUUCUUUGUCCAUUUUCUUUACCUACUUCCCCUUUCUCUCUGUUUUCUCCCCUUCAGCAUCUGGAUUCCCCGAGUUUUCCAGUCCUUUGCCAUCUGGGAGACCUUGGCAAGUUGGUUGGGUCUCAGUUCUCUCAUCUGAAAAAUGAAGGCGUGUAUUAGAUAUUCUGAAGAUGUAAUGAAAAGCUCGUAUGAGAUAACUGGUGAAAUCUCUUCCAGCUCUAAAUCCUAUGAUGAUAUUAUCUAUCUCUCAUUCCAUUUACUUUCUCUGUCCCUAGCUGCCCUCAAUUCAAAGUUCCUGCCUUUUUUUUUUCCUUCUCUGCUCUUCUUUUAGUUUUUAUCUCUUUUUUCCCUUUUCUUUUCUUUUCUUCCUGAUAGUUCACUCAUCCCACUGUCCCUCCUCCCAGAGGCACCCCCUCCCCCAAGCUUCUCCUACAGCACUAAAUUUUUUUGGGCUCUCUAUUCCAUGUCCACCUUCCUCCCCACUGACUCAGGCUCCUCCUCUGCUCCUCCCCACAUCCUGCUCACCUUUAAUUGAGAUGCUAAUGAGGCUUCUGUCACUUCCAUCCUGGGCGGGCUGGCUGGCCAGGCCACUGCACCUGUCAGGUGAGAGGGAGGAGAGACCCAGCUGCCAGAUUCAACUGGAAAGAAACCAGUCCCUGCCUAGCUAUUGCUUGGGAGUAGGGAACAGGAGACAACUCAGACCUUCUGGAACCUACAGCCUCUGAGGCUCAAGAAAGCUGAGAACGAAGCCUGAGCCCCAUGAAGGAGGAAAAACUUGAGCAUGGGGGCCAGCAUCCCGAGCCAGGAGGACCCCAGGAGGAGGAGGAGGAGGGCCUGAUUGAGUUUCACCAUUCCUACCGAGAGCUCUUCCAGUUUUUCUGCAACAAUACCACCAUCCAUGGUGCCAUCCGACUGGUUUGCUCCAAGCACAACCGCAUGAAGACGGCCUUCUGGGCUGUGUUGUGGCUCUGUACCUUCGGGAUGAUGUACUGGCAAUUCGGCCUGCUGUUUGGGGAGUACUUCAGCUACCCGGUCAGUCUCAACAUCAACCUCAAUUCUGACAAGCUCGUCUUCCCUGCAGUCACUGUCUGCACUCUCAAUCCAUACAGGUAUACUAAGAUUCAAGAGGAUCUAGGAGAGCUGGAUCGCAUCACAGAACAGAUGCUUUUUGAUCUUUACAAGUACAACUCAUCACGUAGCCUCUCCAACAAGCCUCGAGUCCGACGUGAUACCUCAAACCCGUUACCCUAUCCUUUAGUUAAGAUUCAGGACCCCCAGUUCUUCGGCCAUCACCGAAGUGGAGCCGCCGGAGUCCAGGAGAAUAACCCUCAGGUGGAUAAAAAUGACUGGACAAUCGGUUUUAUCCUGUGUAACAAGAACAAAUCAGACUGCUUCUACCAGACCUAUUCCUCAGGGGUGGAUGCUGUCCGAGAAUGGUAUCGAUUUCACUUUAUCAAUAUCCUGGCUCGACUGGACUCCCAAGAUCUGAAUGAGGCUGCUUUGGGUAAUUUCAUCUUUGCCUGUCGCUUCAACCAGGUAUCCUGCAACCAAGAGAAUUACUCCCAGUUUCAUCACCCCGUCUAUGGAAACUGUUAUACUUUCAAUGGCAAGAAUGACUCUAACCUCUGGAUGUCCUCUACACCUGGGAUCAAUAAUGGUCUUUCUCUGACACUACGGACAGAGAGACACGACUUCAUUCCCCUGCUGUCCACAGUGACAGGGGCCAGGGUGAUGGUCCAUGGGCAAGAUGAACCAGCAUUCAUGGAUGAUGGGGGUUUCAAUCUUCGGCCAGGAGUGGAGACAUCUAUCAGCAUGAGAAAGGAAACCCUGGACCGACUUGGGGGUAACUAUGGGGACUGUACCAAGAAUGGCAGCAAUGAUGUCAAAGUCGAGAAUUUCUAUUUUUCCAAGUAUACACAGCAGGUGUGUGUCUAUUCCUGCUUCCAGGAAAAUAUGAUCCAGAAAUGCGGAUGUGCAUAUAUGUCCUACCCAAAGCCUGACAAUGUGGAGUUUUGUGACUACAAGAAACACACAGAAUGGGGUUACUGCUAUUAUAAGCUCCAGGACGCUUUCUCCUCUGACUCCUUGGGCUGCUUCGCUAAGUGCCGCAAGCCCUGUUUAGUAACCAAUUACCAGUUGUCUGCUGGCUACUCCCGCUGGCCCUCCGCUACGUCUCAGGACUGGGUGUUCCAGAUGUUGUCCAUACAGAAUAAUUACACCAUCAGCUCCAAAAGCGGUGUUGCCAAACUCAAUAUCUUCUUCAAAGAGCUGAACUAUAAAACCAACUCAGAGUCUCCCUCUGUUUCGAUGGUCACCCUCCUGUCCAACUUGGGCAGUCAGUGGAGCCUGUGGUUUGGCUCUUCUGUGCUUUCUGUGGUGGAGAUGGUGGAGCUGAUCCUUGACUUCCUGGUGAUCACCUUCUUCUUGAUGCUUCGAAAGUUCCGAAGCCGCUACUGGGCUCCCAGCCAGACAUCCGCGGGGUGCCGGGAAUUGUCGCUGCCUUCUUGAUUUCCCUGCUUACUCGGGUGCCUCCUCAGAUAGUUUGGCCCUGGCCCUUCUGCACCAGUCUCACCAGCUGUCUCCGCUACCCCGAGUCCUCAAGAUGGUAGCCAGGACAAUAGCUGGGAGUUCUAGUCUUCCCACUGGUCCUAGACAACCUCGGACCUCAAUUGGUGUGCUUCCCCCAAUUCCAUCAACCAAUUAUGAUGUUCUCUCUUGUCCAUCCCCCGUGUCCUUUACUCUCUGAGAAAUUUGAGCCAAUUUGAACAGUAACACUUUUCUCAUCACAUUCCAUUCCCCAGUGUAACUUUUGUGUAUCUGGGCCUGGAAUGGGUACUGGUUUGCAGAAUUAGACAUUUUAGAACUUCUCUGAAUAAACUAACUGAUAUUGUCUAGGAUUUGAAGAAGGAGAUAUUUCUUUUCAGAUCAUAUUUAGGGGAUUCAACUUAUCCACAUCAACAUUAUUACUUCAGAGAUCUAAACCAUCAGAGGUGGUCUUAGAGAGGAAAAUACAGAGAUAAUGGCUUGAAAUCCCAAAAAGCCAUAUUCUUUUGUCAAUUCUUAUUUAUUGUGUUACAUUAUAUUCAAUUAGAGGUUGGGGGUGAAUACUGAAAAAGUAUAACUUAUUUUUAAAAGAAAUCCAAUUCAGAAAGCAUUUAUUAUUCCUUUGCUAAUUCCCCCUACAUUCUUUAUACAGUUCAACCUUACCCUUUAAAAGUCCCUUUCUUCUGUUCUUCCCUUUUACUGUGGAACUCUGGAGACAGACUGCCUUCCACUUCUAGUCCCUUCACCAUAGAGCUCUUUAUCUUAUUUUAUAGAUGAGGGGGAAAGCCCAUUUAGUCUCUAAUAGAUCCAGGUUUUCUGAUUCUAAAUCAAGCACUUUUCCUUCCAUUCCAUGUCACCCCACUAUGAUCUUGUACUAUCCCUCCUCCUUCCUCCUUAUGACAAUUUCCUUUCCUUCUAUUUCUCCUUGUUUUGCUCCUCCUAAAUCUAUUCUUUUUUCUUUUUAUUAAAUAAGUUUAUUUUUAUUUUUCUGAACUUGACAAACAAAACAAGUAUUUCCACAUAUAAAACCCCAAAAGGAUUGUAUAUGUAACCAUGGAUCUUCAUUACACAUAGCUUAUUUUUUAAAAAGUAUAUGAUACAUAUGGCACACUAGUUCUAAAGUUAUAUUUCAGUUUAAAAGAAUCGCACACAUUUAACCUAUAUCAGAUUCUUGCUGUCUUGGGGAGGGCAGAUAUAAGGGAGGUAGAGAGAAAAAUUUGAAACGCAAAGUUUUACAAAAAUGAACAUUAAAAACUAUCUUUACAUGUAUUUGGAAACAUAAAAUACUAUUGAGAUGGAAAAAAUAAAGUUAUGUUUCACUGUGAACUGUGCACUGUAGAAAAAAAUACUUCACUGAUAAGGUAUCUUCUUUUUUUUUUCUUAGUAUCAUUAAUCAUUUCUUUCCACUUGUAUUCAUUGCCCUCUACUCCCCCCCCCCCCCCAAUUCUCAACCUCUAAUAAUAGGCAUAGUUAAGCAAAACAAUCCAUGCAUGAUUCAUGUCUGAAAAUUAUACAGCUCAUUUUUCAACUCAUUCCAUAACCUCUGGACCAAGAGAUUAAAAAGUAGGUUUCAUUUUCUGUC